AUGAUAAUCUCAGAAUGGCGCAUCAAAUAUCUCAACUACAAGGUCGGCAAGAAGCAUGUCAAAGCAGUGGCCAGAGCCAUCAACCGUGCCACCGGCACACCACGAAGCCUUGGACCACGGACGCCAACGCAACACUUCUUCGCACCGUCGAUGGGCGCGAGACGAGACUUCGAAAGCAAGAGUAAAAAAGAGGAUGGAAGUCCGCUCCGCAACCAGCCAAAUGGCAGCUCGCAUCGCGACGGCACGCAGUCGGCGCCAAUUCCUGCCAAGAGAAGGGAGGACCAAUCAUUGACACAGGAUGGGAACAGUAUCCAGUAUGGGAGCUUCGUGGCGACGCCUCCUGCGACAGAGUCUCCUCUACAGCUGCAGAAGACUGCUACUUUCGAACUGCCCGGGCCAGCCAUGCGUCAAUCAACUUCGUCUAUCCAGGAUGACUGGGACAAGCCGCGAGAUAAGACUCCCACCGGCAAGUAUACCAUGCGCAGAAGCUUGUCGGAUGGUCCUAUGGAACACCCUGUCGAUAAACAGCCCACGUCCAAGCCUCCCCCAAAGCGUUCAACUACGGCUUUCCUUCCGCAAAGUCCGUCCCAACACCGACGCAUGUUCUCGAUGGCAAGGUCGGAGACCGCGAUGGGUACUCUGGACGCGGUCCGUCAGAGAGAGGCCGAGCUCUAUGCUUUCAUGGACUCCGAAUUGGACAAGGUUGAGACGUUCUACAAAAUGAAGGAGGAGCAGGCUGGAGAAAGGCUGGCCCUGUUAAAGGAACAACUGCACGAGAUGCGAAAUCGGCGCAUCCAGGAGAUUGCCGAGUCUCGCCAAGAUGGCCACCACAAGCACAACGGAGGACCUAUAAUUCCUGAAGGGGGACCGCAGGCGAACGAUUGGGUUGGUCCUAUCAAGGCCAAGAUGUUCCGCCCAGGCCCAAACUCCAAAGCCCUUCAGAAUAUGACGGCCACUCCACACAUCUCUGCCCUCAAUUCGGGUGAUGCGGCGAGGGAUUAUAUCCGACGCCCCAAAGCCGACGACGUGUCGUAUCGCACCGCAAAACAUAAACUGAAGCUGGCUCUGCAGGAAUUCUAUCGCGGCCUCGAGCUACUUAAGUCGUACGCCAUGAUGAACCGCACAGCAUUCCGAAAGCUCAACAAGAAGUUUGACAAGGCCGUCAACGCCAGACCUCCCCUCCGUUACAUGAAUGAGAAAGUCAGCCCCUCAUGGUUCGUCCAGAGUGAUGUUCUCGAGGGCCAUAUCAAGACUGUUGAAGACUUGUACGCUCGUUACUUUGAGCGCGGCAACCACAAGCUAGCAGCCGGCAAGCUUCGGAGCCUGAACAAGAAGCACGACGAUAAAGCAGGCAGUUCGUUCCAAAAUGGCUUCCUGAUCGGAACGGGAGUCGUCUUCACUGUCCAAGCUGUCGUUUACGCUGCCGCCCUGCUGUCCCACGAUGACGAGGAGGUCCGCACACAAACCAGUUAUCUCAUGCAAAUAUACGGAGGUUACCUUCUAGCGCUGCUUCUUUUCUCGCUUUUCUGUAUAAACUGCAUGAUAUGGACAAGAAACAAGAUCAACUAUCCCUUUAUUUUCGAAUUCGACCAGCGUCAUAAUCUUCACUGGACUCAUUUAGCUGAGUUUCCCAGCUUCUUUUUUCUCAUCUUUGGCAUCGUCUCUUGGGCCAAUUUCAGCAGAUAUGGACCUGAAUCGUUCUAUAUAUAUUACCCCGUUGUCCUAAUUACAUUUACCGCGAUCAUCCUCUUCCUUCCACUUCCCUUCAUAGCAUAUAGGAGCCGGAGAUGGUUUGCAUAUUCACACUGGCGUCUGUUACUAGCUGGUCUAUAUCCCGUUGAAUUCAGAGACUUCUUUCUGGGUGAUAUAUACUGUUCUCUGACAUACGCCACAGCGAAUAUUGAGCUUUUCUUCUGUCUCUAUGCCCGCGGUUGGGACAGCCCCGACCAAUGCAACUCGAAUCAUUCUCGCCUCAUGGGUUUCCUCACUGCCCUGCCGCCAAUCUGGCGUUUCCUACAGUGUCUCCGGCGUUACUACGACACCAGGAACGUUUUCCCGCACCUGGCCAACGGUGGAAAAUACACAAUGUCCAUCAUGGCUGCCGUCACGCUGUCGAUGUAUCGCAUAGACAACACAAGCCAAAAGCUAGCGCUGUUCAUCACCUUUUCCCUACUGAAUAGCAUCUACUGCUCCAUCUGGGAUCUAUUCAUGGAUUUCUCCCUCCUUCAAGCCGGCGCCCGGCACGUCGGUCUGCGAGACAUCCUCGCCCUGAAGAAGCGAUGGCCCUACUACUCCAUCAUAGUCCUCGACCCCGUCAUCAGAUUCGCCUGGAUCUUCUACGCCAUCUUCACCCACGACAGGCAGCACUCGACGCUCUGCUCCUUCUUCGUCGCGUUCGCCGAGGUCCUCCGCCGCGGCAUGUGGACCUGCUUCCGCGUCGAGAACGAGCACUGCGGCAACGUCUCCCAGUACAAGGCCUCGCGCGACGUGCCCCUCCCCUACACCAUGGAGCCCCUCAUGGACCGCCCCAGCACCGACGUCGAGGGCGACGGCGACGGCCUGCACCCCCUGCCCCCCUCCCAGCAACAGCAGCCAACCCCGGCCGUCGCCUCCGCCCCCGAGGCCGGCCAGGUCACGGGAAGGUCCACCGCCGUCACGAGCACCAUCGGCGGCGCCCUCCGCCGCAGGGACACGACCGCCUACAGCGUGUCCAAGCUGCUGGCCGAGGCGCACAAGCAGGACUUUGAGAAGAAGCGCAAGUCGCCCGCGCAGGCCGCCCAGGAGGCAGUCGACGGGCACAACGGGCCCAGCGACGACGAUGAUGACGAUGACGAGGACAGCGUCUUCGACGUGUCCGAGGCCGAGUCUCGGAGGCGGACGGGGGACGUCACGCCCGAGUCCCAAGUCUAG